AAGUGCUAGUGAACUUCCAAAGUACAAUAACAUAGAAUCCAAAUAAAGACUAAAGUGACUAGAAUAUACCAUUUUACCAAUUUGCUGGCCGGCGUACGAGACCGACGCCUUUGUUUUCGCUCCACGGUACGAUUUUGUGUGACAUGUGCCACAGAAACACGGUGCACGUUUGAAAACUAGAAGAUUCUUUGACCAAAAAGCAGUGUUCUUCCGUUCUACUACCUACGGAUUAUCCUCGUAUUUACGGGAUGCCGGUUGACUGAAGAUGGCCUCGCCGACACUCUCGCUGGAAUCGCGCGCGAAUUCCAUCGGGUCCCUGGCCUCGCUGUCCCCGCUUACAGUGAGCGGCAGUUCUCCGCCUGCGAGUGACUCAGCGAUCUGCGACGUCGACAGCUGCGACCUUUGUCUCGACGCACAGAAACCUGGAGAGGCGCCCUGCCCGCGGUGUCGAUUAGGAGGCGCCGGCGGCGUACGCUGUACCGGCUGCAAAUCCACCGAGUCCGACGCUGUGGCUCGUUGCUUCGACUGCGCGAAUUUCCUUUGCCCGAACUGCGUGAUGGCGCAUCAAUUCAUGCACUGCUUCGAGGGACACCGUGUCCUGAAUCUCGACGACUCGAAGCUCGAGACCGUUACUAACUCGGCUGGCACCGAAAUCGCAAAGAACAGCCAGGUGGCGAACGGCGGCAACGGAAACGGUGAGAAGGUGUGGUUCUGUCGCCGUCACAAGCAAGAACUGUUGAAGUAUUUCUGUCGCACCUGCACCGUGCUGGUCUGCAAGGAGUGCACCAUCACCGAUCAUCCCGGGUCGUUGCACGAUUGUGCGCACAUCUCCGAGGUCGGCACCCAGCAGCUUGAGGCGAUGACGAGAGUGGUGCAGGAGUGCAGAGCCAAGGUGGCGGACGUGAAGGCCGCGGUGAAGGCUGCCGAUCACGGCGCGGCGCGUCUACAAGUACAGUACCACAAAGCACAGAACGAGAUCAACGACACUUUCCAAUUCUACAGAUCGAUGCUCGAGGAACGGAAGCAAGAGCUGCUGAAGGAGCUGGAGUCGGUGUUCUCCACCAAACAGAUAUCCCUCGGGAUUCUCACGCAAAAGGAGAACGAGAUGGCCGACAAGAUGCUUCAGACCUGCGAGUUGGUCGAACGAUUGACCAAGUACACCACCGUCACCGAAGUAUUGAUGGUCAAGAAGCUGUUCGACACGAAGCUUCAGUUGUUGCUGAACUAUACGCCGGACGUGGGCAAUCAGACGGUCGAUCUCGAGUUUGUCAGCAAUUAUCAGGCGAUUCAGGUAGGCGUGCGAAACACGUUCGGUUACGUUCGAAGCAACAACGAGAGCAACGCCGGACCGAUCGGUAAGCAACCGCCUAUCGCGCGACCAACGGCCCUCUCGGGCAACGGUAACAACGGCAGCAACGUCAACAACGGCCCAGGAAGCGCCGGAUCCCUCGGCGGUCUACUAUUGGAUCGUCCUUACAGCAACGGCCUGAUAUCUUCUACCUCGAACUGCACCUCGUCUACCUCGCCAUCGUCGUUCGACGCCAACAACAGCGUGAUUACGAAACGUUUCAGCUCGGCCAACAGCCUGGGUCCGUUCUCGACGACGAUCAGCGAUUUGAACUUGAACGGAAUAAACGCGAACCCGUACGAGAAGUGGAGUAACGGCGGAAACGACGCGUACCCGGUGGUCACCACGAACGAUCAUUUCUCGAUGCCGGCGUCCGUGGUCGUGGCGGCGAACGCCGCGUCCGGCGACUCUGUCCUCGACCUGACCUCGAAAUUGAUGUCCGCGGCGGCGAUAUUCCCGCCCAAGUCGCAGAUCAAGCGACAGAAGAUGAUCUAUCACUGCAAAUUCGGCGAGUUCGGGGUGAUGGAGGGCCAGUUCACCGAACCGUCGGGCGUGGCGGUGAACGCGCAGAACGACAUAAUCGUCGCCGACACGAACAAUCAUCGUAUACAGAUAUUCGACAAGGAGGGCAGGUUCAAGUUUCAAUUCGGCGAGUGCGGAAAACGGGACGGCCAGUUGCUCUAUCCGAACCGGGUGGCCGUGGUGAAGACGUCGGGCGACAUAAUCGUGACCGAGCGUUCGCCGACCCAUCAGAUACAGAUCUACAACCAGUACGGUCAAUUCGUGCGUAAAUUCGGGGCGAACAUACUGCAGCAUCCGCGCGGCGUGACCGUCGACUCGAAGGGACGCAUCGUGGUGGUCGAGUGUAAAGUGAUGCGGGUGAUCAUAUUCGAUCAGGCUGGCAACGUUCUGCAGAAGUUCGGUUGCUCGAAGCAUCUGGAGUUCCCGAACGGGGUGGUGGUGAACGACAAGCAGGAGAUAUUCAUUAGCGACAAUCGCGCCCAUUGCGUGAAGGUGUUCAAUUACGAGGGGGCGUAUCUGCGUCAGAUCGGCGGCGAGGGGAUCACGAACUACCCGAUCGGUGUGGGGAUCAACGCCGUGGGCGAGAUACUGAUUGCGGACAAUCACAAUAACUUCAAUCUGACGAUUUUCACGCAGGACGGUCAGCUGGUGUCGGCUCUUGAGAGCAAAGUGAAGCACGCGCAGUGCUUCGACGUGGCGCUGAUGGACGACGGAUCGGUCGUGUUGGCCAGCAAGGAUUACCGACUCUACAUUUAUCGUUACGUACAAGUACCGCCGAUCGGAAUGUAGAGCAACGACGCGCCGCGACGCCGACAAUGAUCCACGAUCAUCGUUGUGAUCAUCGUUGUCGUUGUUUCUUUUCCCGCCAUUGUUUCGACGGCCGGCCAACGGCCUGGAUCUCAUCGAUCUUUUUUUACUUACACUCGCCUAUCUUCUUCUUCGCCCACCUACUACCACUGCUCGUGCUCACUUCGCCUAUCCACCUUCGCCCGCUCGACCCACCUCACUCCCGUUUACGAGACGCCGAUCGCGAGAUACCAAACGCGAGCGAUCGCGCAACGUCGAUCGAGAGUCGUCGAGAAUCCAAUGGUCGAACGCUCGUUUCGUUUCGCGUCCGGAUUCGGGAACGGACGAACACAUUUUCUAAACGAACGAAACACGAGGUACGGAACUAUACGAAAAAUGAAAAACGCGAGGGACGACACACACACACACACGCUCGCGUGACUCGUCGCGCGUACGAUUCUCUUCGAGGCGCGAUACGCGCGCGCGUGCGAUACGCUCGUAUUAUGAACGAAAAUGAUAAAAGAGAAAAAAAAAAAGAAAAUGAAAAAAAUCACAGGCGACCUCGGAAAACGCCCGAUUUUGUCGCGUGCGCAACGUACACGCGCACGCGUUAAAACAUGGAAAGACACACGAGACGUGUAAGCGCAUAUAUGCGGAAAACUUACUUGUUAAUGUUGUUAUAACUGAAAAUACUGUUGUUGUUGUUUAGUUGUAGAGCUCGCCGCCGCUAGUCACUCCACU